AUGUCCUCCAUCUCCCGCUCGCCCACCGCCGAGGACCUCGCCAACGAGGCCCAGGACGUCGCCACCGUCACCACCCCCCAGGAGCCCGUCCAGGAGGCUGCCCCGGCCGCCCGCUCCCGCUCCAACCGCAUCUCCAUGAUGAUGGCCCGGUUCGAGGUUGAGGACGGUGCUGCGCCGGCCGACAGCGGCGCCCCGGCCGGCGGCAAGCUGGCCGUCUCCACCUCGGCCGGGUCUCCGUCGAUGGAUGCCGCCGAUGCCGCGGCCGCGCCGGCCCCCACCCGCCGGCCGGUGUCCACCGUCUUCAACACCCCCCCGGCCACCCCGGGCGCCGACUCCAACAUCUGCCAGGUGUGCGAGAAGAUGACCUACCCGCUGGACCGCCUCACCACCAACGGCGCCACCUUCCACAAGACCUGCUUCCGCUGCGCCGAGUGCAACAGCGUCCUGCGCAUGGGCAACUUCUCCGCCCUGGCCGGGGCCUUCUACUGCACCCCGCACUUCAAGCAGCUCUUCCGCCUGAAGGGCAACUACGACGAGGGCUUCGGCCGGACCCAGCACAAGCACAAGUGGACCGCCUAA